GCGACUCCCGCAACCACUCGUCGCGGUCUCCUAUUAGAUCACGAAGAACCGUCCGUCCGUGAUAGCAUCGUACGGUCUUCCCCUUUAUAACACCGCGCCUUGCCUGCGUCUCCCGUUACCUUGUCAAACGCCGCUCGAGAGACCUCGUUUGCUUUCGCUUCUUACCUUGCGUAGGAAGCUUAGAGAUUUCAAGAGGGUGAAAUCAUGUCUGGAGGAAUAGCACGCGGUCGUCUUGCUGAAGAACGCAAAGCAUGGCGUAAGAAUCACCCCCAUGGUUUUGUGGCCAAGCCAGAAACAUCAGCAGACGGUACUGUGAACCUGAUGGUAUGGCAUUGCAUCAUCCCUGGCAAGCAGGGGACUGAUUGGGAGGGUGGCCAUUAUCCUCUAACGCUCCAUUUCAGCGAGGACUACCCCAGUAAACCACCCAAGUGUAGAUUCCCACAGGGCUUCUUCCACCCAAAUGUGUAUCCUUCAGGAACGGUGUGCCUCUCGAUUCUCAAUGAAGACAGCGGGUGGAGACCAGCCAUAACGGCGAAACAAAUACUAGUGGGGAUACAGGACUUGCUAGAUCGGCCGAACCCUGCCGAUCCCGCUCAGGUCGAUGGCCAUCAGCUCUUUAUUCAGGAUCUAUCGGAGUACAGAAGACGUGUUCGACAGCAAGCCAAGCAGUAUCCCGCUCUUAUCUAGUCUUUCCGGCUCCUUGUAUUCCUUCUUGCUUCUCGAUAUGAUAAUAAUGUGGCGACAUAACCUCCUAAAUGCAUAUAGCCUAAUAUUCUAUGGGUGUCUGCUGUUUAGGUUCAUCAGGAUUUAACGUCCAACAGGUUGAAUCUGAUUCCAUAUUUCGCCUUGC